UGGUCAAGGGCAGACGGGGGCGGAGAGCUUCGCCUCCCUCUGUUGUGCCACAGCUCAGGUUUCAGCCUUCCAAAUCUAAGGUGUUCCCGGGGGUCCCAGAGCACACCCACCUUCCCUGCAGAGUGCUCUUGGCCUGAGGCACUCAGUCCCUCCUGGAUCACUACCAUUCUUUCCGUGUGUGUUUUCUCAGGAAACCUGAAAACACGUUUAUUUCAAAAGAACAAAUUGGAGAAACUAGGGAGAAGAAUGGCGUCAGUUCCCUCCAUUGGUUGCCUGCUGGCCAGAAAUCAGUAUUAUCGAAAGGCCAGCAUUUCUUCAGUUAGCUCUUUAAGCGGCUCUGAUUCUGUUAACGUCAUACCUGAUGACAAAUCCCAACAAGAGUUACCAAAAGUGGCAGAAUCCGACUGGUGGUUUAAAUCCUUUUUCCAUUCUGAACCAGAACUUUCAGAUGUAAGAAGAAAAGAUCUGUCUGCCAGUAGCUCUCAUAGUUGAUUCUGACGAUCCAGAAGAUCCUGCCUGCUGAGCUGCUGUAUCUGUGAAGCACACCUUUCAGUACUAAGCUAUUCCAGGUGACUUUCCUUCAUUAUAGGAAGACAGAAACCUGCUGGAGUUCCCAUUUCCCAGACAGGAUCUGCAGACACCCAGACAGCGAAAGUUUAGGCAGUUUCCUCAAAACACAGACGAUUGUGCAAGUGGCAUCAGCAACGUGGAGACUAUCGAGAAGCGUGGCUUUGAAAAGUAAUGAGUCUUCAAAUGUAGUGACUUGUAUGAAAUAAACUUUUCCUUACCCAUGUGAUUUUUCAAAGAGUGUUUAAAAGUUGUUAUUCUUAAUUUUCCAAAAAAUUCUUAGACUCUUUAUAUGUCUGUCAAAUGAUUAUGUCUUAAAAGUGAAGCGUUGUGCCUAACGAUGGUCGGAAGGGUGUUGUACUCACAAAUGUAGGGAACGGUUGCAAAACUGUACUUUUAAUCAUGAACAUUGGAAAUAGAAAACACACCCAUAGAUACAUCACCUGUUACAAAUAGAUUACUCCAGGGGCGCCUGGGUGGUUCGGGGGGUUAAGCGUCCAACUCUUGA